AUAGUUUUAUUGGUUGGAAGAGCGUCAGCUGAUUAUCUCCCAGCAACUUUCAAUAUGGCGCUGUCCAUAUAACCUACUGAGAAGCGUGGGAAUAAGUGCUGUGGAAAGUUCCCAGUUGUGAUCAGGUGCAGAAACCUACAGCCAGGAUUGCAGAGUAAGGAAUGCAAUUAUAGCCAACAAGGUGCAGCUAAUCGAGGAGUCUCAGUUAAGUGUCAAAUAUUUAGAGUUAAAUGGUUUUGAGAAAAAGUGAUCAAGACCCUGUACUUUGAUGCUUGUCUUCUCUGUGUUAAAACUCAGUUAGUCUUUUCUUUGGAUACAAGUGUUUUCUCAAGGUGAUUCUUUGAUGAAGACCUUGAACUGCUAGCAUUAUCAACUCAGCUGUUGCUCCUGUAUGUUGGAGGAAGAUGAUAGACUGCCUUCAAGUGGAUCCCGACUUAAGGCAACCCUACGAACAGGGUUUUCAUGAAAAUACUUGGGAAGAAAGCUGAGCUGAUGUCAAGCAAGUCUUUCCAGUGGAUUUGGUAUUUGAGGGGUACCUUAACUCCUUACAGAAGUACAGCAACUCCACAGCUUCAGGAAAUCUGGAACAUCUUGCCUUUAGUCGCUCUUCGAGUCAGAAAUCUUUCUUUUGUGAAAGGCAUGGAUGGUAAUCAGGCACAAGAUAUGGAAGCAGAUGACAGUAAUCAAGAGCAAAGUGUGGCUCGCUCACCUUCAGUGAGCACUAGUGGUGGCAGUGAGCCAGUAAAAAAUGGUGGAACCCUGAUCACUGAAGGGAAGGCAAAAAUCAUUUUCCCAAGUGCCAAUGAAGUGUUCUACAACCCUGUCCAAGAAUUCAACAGAGACCUUACGUGUGCAGUCCUUACCGAAUUCGUACGACUGCAGCUUUCAUCAAAAGGGAUUUCAAUUGCAGUCCCUGGUGAGGAGAAGGCCUCCAAAGUGAUUGUGGACCUCUCCACAGAGGAAAGAGAGAAUGCUUUUGAGCAGCCAGAUCAGGAGGAGCAUCGAGCUGCGGGAGUGGGAGAAGUAUGCCAGGAUGGAGUCCGAGUGCUGGAGGCCUUGGCUGCUUCUGGAUUACGCUCCAUCCGGUUUGCAAAAGAGGUACCUGGUCUUCAGAGUGUGGUGGCUAAUGACUUAUCUGCCAAGGCUGUUGAGCUCAUAACCCAAAACAUUCAGCUCAAUGAUGUGGAACACCUAGUGACUCCAAGGUUAUUAGAUGCCCGGAUGCUGAUGUACCAGAGCAAGGCAGCGAAAGACCUUUUUGAUGUCAUUGAUUUGGACCCAUAUGGAAGCCCUUCUAUAUUUCUGGAUGCUGCAGUUCAGAGUGUGAGUGAAGGAGGCCUGCUGUGUAUCACAUGCACCGACAUGGCUGUAAUGGCUGGGAACUCUGGGGAGACCUGCUACAGCAAAUAUGGGGCCAUGUCUAUCAAGGCCAAAUUCUGCCAUGAGAUGGCACUGCGGAUUAUCCUGCACAGCCUUGAUCUGCGUGCCAACUGCUACCAGCGCUACAUUGUCCCACUCUUAUCUGUCAGUGCUGAUUUCUAUAUUCGUGUUUUUGUCCGAGUCUUUACUGGGCAGGCCAAGGUCAAAGCUUCUGCCAGCAAACAGGCCUUUGUCUAUAACUGUGUGGGCUGUGGCUCGUUUCAUAUCCAGAGACUUGGCAAGAUGGCUAACAAUGGAAACAAUUUCAACUACAAGGCUGCCUUUGGGCCUCCUGUGGGGCCAUCCUGUGAGCAUUGUCACCAGCGCCACCAGCUGGGUGGCCCUCUGUGGGCAGAGCCACUCCAUGAUGUGGAGUUUGUCCAGCGAGUCCUGUCAGCAGUUGGGAGCAACCCAGGGCGCUUCCGAACAAGUCAGCGGAUUCAGGGCAUCCUGAGCAUGGUGAUGGAGGAACUCAGUGAUGUCCCUCUCUAUUACACCCUCGAUAAUCUCAGCAAAACCAUCCGUUGCAGCAGUCCUUCCCUGUUGCAGUUCAGGUCAGCUCUUCUCCAGGCUGGUUAUCGGGUGUCGCUGUCCCAUGCCUGCAAGAACACCAUCAAGACAGAUGCGCCGCCCUCUGUCCUUUGGGACAUCAUGCGCUGCUGGGAGAAACUCAAUCCUGUGAAAAGAGAGCGCCUUUCAGAGAGCAGCCCAGCUGCCCGCAUCCUUUCUGUAGAACCCAAGCUGCAGGCAUCCUUCACUGUCCGGGCAGAUGCUAAUCCUAGAUCACGAAAGCAAGGCCUCAAAAGGUUCCAGCUGAAUCCUGAGCCUUUUUGGGGUCCAAAAGCAAGAGCCAAAGCUGGGGGUGGGAUCUCUUCCUCCCUGCAAGAAAAGAGAAAGCUACACCAGAACAAGAGGAAAGACUGUGCAGGACAGAGUGAUGGGGCCCACCUGAAGAACUUCCGCUGCAAACGGUUCCGGGAAGGCAAUUGUUCGCUAGGGGACAAAUGCCGCUACUCUCAUGAGAUGGAAGGAGAGACAGAGGAAAACACCACGGCAGCACCUUGACCAGAAACAGUCCCGAGGAUCUGCUUCAUCUUGGUUUUUAUUUUUGCAGUAAACAGAGAGCCUUUAUUUUCAAAUGACUGUCCAUUUAAUGUGCCUGCCAUUAAAUAAUAGUGUUAAUCCUUU